AUGUCAUUCGAUGCCUCUGCUUCGUUGUCGAUUUCCGAUCCAAAUGCUCGCGCCAUGAGCUCCUCAUGCUUUGACUUCCUGCUUAUCGAGCUGGUGCCUAUGGCCGAACGUCUGGCCAAGGACCUGUCAACACAAGACAACGACCCAGAAGAUGAAGAGGUCCGCGAGUCCACGUAUUUUCGUCUCGAGUCCCUAGGCUACCGGGUGGGUCAGGGUCUCGCGGAAAGGUUCUCGCGCGAUCGUCCUCGAUUUACCGACAACCUCGAUGUGAUCAAAUUUCUCUGCAAAGAUCUGUGGACCGUUCUGUUCCGGAAACAAAUUGAUAAUUUGAAAACAAACCAUCGAGGAGUCUACGUUUUGACUGAUAGCGCAUUCCGGCCGUUCGCCAGGAUGAGCAUGGCUGUGCGCGGUGAAGCAAUAUCGAUGGCACAAGCGUACCUGUGGUUCCCUUGCGGGAUCAUCCGCGGCGCCCUCGCAAACCUGGGCAUCAACACAACAGUGCAGGCAGAGACCUCGGAUCUGCCUGGGGCCACGUUUCAAAUCAAGACUGUGCAGGGCCGGCCUUGA